AUGACGGAUAACGAUGACACGAGUAUCAAUGAAAAGAACAUAAAGAUUUUCAUCAGAAUUCUUCCACUUGAAAGACCGUGUGACUCUUGCGCAAGAGUUGACAUGAAACACAAGAAGAUCUACGUACGACGUCUACAAGAAAUACAAUCGAAUAGAAUAGCCGUUCCAAAGAAACCAUCUUACUGGUGUUUUCAAGCAGAUGGAAUUUUCUGUGACUCUUCACAGGAAGAGAUUUAUCGCGUUACAACCGAGGAUCUCGUGCCGAACACAGAGGCCUGGUCACUCGGCUUUUGUCCUGCAUGUUCGCUGAGAAGGCAAACAGAAGGAAAGUCAGCAAGAUAGAGUACCAUACAAGCUUCGUCGAGUUGUACGGCAAGGAGGCGAGGGAUUUACUGGCCUUUGACGUGGAUAACAAUAAAGUGAAGAUAAACGAGCGAGAGCCGUUCAAGGAUAUCUCUGUGGUGCGCAUGAAUAAUGAAAAAGAAGGUUUGAGGAAUAUUUUCAAAGGAGAAGUCAGACGAUCGAUUGCGAGAGACUCGGCUUAUCCGGCGUCUCAUUUAGCCACGUCUGUGAUUACCUUUCACGUGACUAACACGAGCCUAGUUACAUCCUGGGGCAUUGUGACCACAGCGAAAAUACACAUUGUGGAAGCAGCUGGUACAGGGACUGUAGGAAGGAGUUGUUGCUGUUGGAAAACGGCCACGGACGUUGGUGUGGCGAAUUUAAUGAAGAUUCAGCUCGAGCAAUUCUUUUCAUACGUAGGACGUUCGAGAUCGUCCGUCGUUAAUGUAACGCGGUCCAGUAAUUUAUUGAAAAUUUUAGGAGAUACUACCUUGGUUUCCUCUGUAAUUCGAUUCAUAUCUCACAUUCGAAUUACAAGAGAAGAUCUCGAUAUCACGUUAUCGACUUUAAGGUUCACCGCGAAAAUCGCAAGGUUGAAACCGGUCAGGAUAAAAAAAGAUGUUGGUUAUCGAUCAGAUUUGAUACUGCAUAGGCUGCAAGAAGAAGUUGACGCUUUGAAAAAAGAACUGAUGUUGAACGACAUGUUCUUGCGACAGGAAGCGCUUAUAAAUAUCUCGAAGGCCCGAAUGGAGCAAAUUAAUCGGAUUAUUCUUCAAUUUUUAAACGACAAGAUCUCCGACUUCACGCUGUUUAGCGCGUCUCAGGCCCAAGUGUUGCUAAAGAAUAUCAAGGAUCUAUUGAGCACCAAGGAACUUGAAGUUGAAAAGUUAAAAGAGACGUACGAAACUUUAGUGAGAAGUGUGUCGGAAGUUAGUUCAGCGGAAAGUUUACCUAAGAAAGCUGAAUUGCUUGCUGAUGAACAAAUCGAUGAACAGGAAAGGAUUAGAAGUUCGUUGGAUGAAGAAGACACGAAGGUGAAAGGAAUUGGAAGUUUAGACAAAUCCACGAUAGGCGUGACUUUAGGCCCAUACGCAGACGAAGAGAAAAAUCUAAAAUUGAAACGUUCUACGUCGUCUAAACAUAUUCUGAAAAUUGAUGACGAAAAUAUGAUAGCGGUUCGACGUUUAUUCGACACUUUCUUAAAAGAAGAGGCAGAAUAUGCAAAAAUUAAGAAAAAUUUCGAUAAAAAUGAGAAGACCCUUGCCGCUGUUCGACAAAGGUUCACGUGUGAGAUCGAUAAAUAUUUCCAGGCAAAGAGAAACUUUGACGAUGCACGUAAUAAACUUAGUAAGCAUCAGCAAACUCGACAGAUGAUGGACAGUUGGAAGGGGAAAGAAGCUACAUGUGAAAUCGAGAGAACAAUCGAGCGAGAUAUUUCAUGUUACCAGAAAGUAUUAAUUAACUUAGAGGAAGAGGUUGAUCAAACUCAACGUGAAAUUGACAUCCUGUCUAAUCGACACAUUGACAUGAGUUCGAAGUUAGAGUGCGGUUUUCGAGAAUAUUGCAAGAGGAAGGCCUUUCUGUUGCAUUAUACUGAUAAAUUGAUGAAAAUAUUGCUGACACCUGCGAAAGAAUCUGUCGAUAUAAUCCGGCACAAGUUUGACAAGUUUCAACGGAGAAUAUUGCGCGGAACAGAGGUAAUUUGUUUAAAUUUGAAAUUUGUAAAUCUUAAAAAUUUUUAAAUUUCCUUUCGCGUUAGGAAACAGAAAGAAUGAAGAAAGCACGACUUGACAAUAAACGGAUAUGCGCUAGUGCUAAUUUAUAA